AUGGGGAAUACCUCGGGUGACGACAAGAUCCUCGGGUACAACGAUGUUGUCCUGAGGAGAUCAGAUUUGGAGAUCCUAAAAGCUCCCAACUUUCUAAACGAUCGUGUGAUCGAGUUCUACCUAAGCUACUUAGCCACAGUUCACACUUCCCCUACCAUCUCACUAAUCCCUCCCUCCAUUGCCUUCUGGAUCUCGAACUGCCCUGACGCUGAAUCCCUCAAAGAGUUCAUGAAACCCUUCAGGCUACGCGACAUCGACCUCCUGAUAUUGCCUGUCAACGACAACCUCGACGUGGAGCUAGCGGAAGGAGGGUUGCAUUGGAGCUUGCUCGUCUACUACAGAGAAGCCAACUCGUUUUUCCAUCACGAUAGCUUGAUGGGAGUCAACAGGUUUAACGCGAAGCAGCUCUUCAAGGCGGUUUCUCCGUUUGUGUCUAACGGAGAUGCAGCGUACAGAGAGUGCAGCGAUACACCGCAGCAGAAGAAUGGGUACGAUUGUGGUGUUUACGUUCUUGCGAUCGCCAAGGUUGUAUGCCAAUGGUUUAGCUCUGGAGGAAUGAAGAACCGGGAUGAGCUGUGGUUUACUGAUGUGAAGGAGACUGUACCGGAGUUGGUUACCUAUUUGAGAGAAGACAUUUUGGUGCUGAUCAAAAGGUUGAUGUCUGAGAAGAGUGCGAGUAAAUGA